ACACAGAUAGGUAAAUAAACGCGAAUCUCUCCCUUGUGACGCUGCAUGCAGCAUGUUGCUAAGUUGAUGUGAACGAAAUCAAAAUACAUUGGACAUGCAGAGGAAUAACUACUUGUUUAUCUCACAGUCAAGGCAUUACAGGCACCAGAAAUACAUGAUCAUCCCAGAAACUACAUCGAGAAUAAAAUGAAUUCAUGAUGAUGGUCAAACGUACAACUCCUACUCUGAUCACCAAAAUGAUUUCAUCAUUUGUGCUGCUCCGAAGGAGAAGUCUGUCACAACUAAACAAGCCAUUAUCUAGUUAGCAUCUGUAUUGAUGUGGACUCUGUCUUGAUGGAGAUGGAGGAGGAAGGCUUAUCUACAAAGGGCCAGAAUGUCAGAACAUCUAGUCCUCAGUUUGAGGAUGAGAGGCCUCUCUUCCAUAGUAACCAGACGCCUCCAGGUCCUUCUGAGCCGUUUCUGCUGUCAGGAAGUGAUGUAAAAGUUCCAUACACCAUCAAUCGAUAUUUACGAGACUAUCAGCGAGAGGGCAUUAAAUUCAUCUAUCAUAACUAUGCCAAAUCCAGAGGAUGCAUCUUGGGUGAUGACAUGGGUCUUGGAAAGACUGUUCAGGUCAUUGGCUUCCUGGCUGCAGUUUUGCAGAAAACUGGUACAUGGAAAGACGUUGAGAACAACAGGCCACAGUUUUUGCUGUCACAGAAGCCUUCAGAACAAGUUCAGAAGGUUUUCCUCAUUGUGGCUCCGCUCUCUGUCCUCUACAACUGGAAAGAUGAGUUAGACACUUGGGGUCAUUUUAGAGUUGUGGUGGUGCAUGGUGUGAAGAAGGAUGAAGAACUGGCGCGUGUGCAGAGAGGAAGAUGUGAGAUUGCUCUUACCACUUAUGAGACCCUCAGACUCUGUUUGGACCAGUUUAACAGCAUUGAUUGGGCUGCUGUUAUCGUUGAUGAAGCUCACAAAAUAAAGAACCACAGGUCCCAGAUCACUCAGGCCAUGAAGGAGAUGAGAUGUAAAAUGAGGGUUGGACUAACAGGAACAAUCCUUCAGAACAACCUUGAGGAGCUGUGGUGUGUUAUGGACUGGGCCAUUCCUGGAUGCCUGGGUACUUUGGUAGGUUUUAAAAACAGGUUUUCAGACCCCAUUGAGCAGGGGCAGAAGCACACUGUGACAAAAAGAGCUCUAGCAGAAGGCCGUAAAGCAGUUCAGGAACUUGCCAAAAAACUCUCGCACUGGUUCCUCAGGAGAACAAAGGCCAUUAUCAGUGACCAGCUACCUAAGAAAGAUGAUCGAGUUGUCUACUGCUCACUCACAGACUUCCAGCGGACAGUGUACCGAGCAGUGCUGGACACAGAUGAUGUGACCCUGCUGUUGCAGAGCUCAGCAAAGUGUCAUUGUGGCAGUGGCCGUCCACGGAAGAAGUGCUGCUACAAACUGAACGCCGACGGCGUGCCGGUCAGACACCUGUACUUCAGUUAUCUGGCUAUUCUGAGAAAGGUUGCCAAUCAUGUUGCACUACUGCAGUCCAAAGAAGGAACCAGCAAAAAACAGGAAAAAUAUGUGACAGCCAUUUGCGAGCAAGUUUUUAGGAAAUUUCCAGAUUUCACAGAGAGGUGCAAACAAGCAGCCUUUGAAGCAAUGUCUGACCCCAUGUACAGUGGAAAAAUGAAGGUUCUGCAAAAGCUUCUAAAUCACUUUAUCGCGAAGAAAGACAAAGUUCUACUCUUCUCUCUUUCCACCAAGCUGUUAGAUGUUCUGGAAAGCUAUUGUAUGGCCGAGGGUCUGGAGUACCACAGACUGGAUGGAAACACUAAGUCUAAGGACCGAGUUAAGAUAGUGAGAGAGUUCAACAGCUCUCGAGAAGUCAACCUGUGUCUGGUGUCUACUUUGGCGGGUGGGCUUGGUCUCAACUUCAUCGGAGCGAAUGUUGUUGUGUUGUUUGAUCCAACAUGGAAUCCUGCCAAUGAUCUCCAGGCUAUUGACAGAGUGUAUCGUAUUGGCCAGUGUAGGGAUGUGACGGUUUUUAGACUCAUCUCUUUAGGAACGGUAGAGGAGAUCAUAUACUUGCGCCAGAUUUACAAACAGCAACUUCAGUCGUCAGUGAUUGGUCGGGAGAAUGCCAGACGCUACUUUGAGGCUGUUCAGGGUACUGACGGCAAGGCAGGGGAGCUGUUUGGCACCCGAAACCUUUUCCGCCUGCAGACUGAUGGCACCUGUCUUACCCAUCGCAUUCUGGAGAGGGAAGGCCGAGUGGAGGUGGGGAUCAAGACGGCCAGAACUCAAGCACUGGACGAGAGGAUGCAGGAGCCAGAUCCCCAGUCAGCAGAUGCUGCUACUGAGCAAGCAGGUGGAUCAGCAGGCGCUAGGUUUAAACCUGCUGGGGUGUUGGACUUCAGCAGUGCAAGUGAGGAUGAAGAUCCCUGCUGCUCCAGGCCAUCAGAAACACACACAGGAGAGCAGAUGGGAGCUGGUACUACCUGUAUUGGCAAUAUGGGCCUGUAUGGUGUGCUGCAGAGACAAAUGGCUCAGAGAGGACUGCAGGAGACGGACAGUGAUGAAGACUCUAGUAGCCACAGUCAGGAUGAGGAUAACUAUGCAAAACCCACCAUGAUUAAGGGACAAGCAUCCAAGACACAGGAUCUGUCCAGUGAAUCCAAAGAAGGAAUGGAGGGAGUCACUGAUGGUAAACAACAGAGAAUAUCAGAAGAGUCAGCAAACCUUGAGCCUCUUCCACCAAGAUCACACAAACACAACAAUUACAGCACAACUGGUGGCAAGAAUCAUUUUCACAAAAGGGUGAAGUUUGCAGAUAAAAUAUCUGAAGAUGAUAUUGGAAGUUUUUCUUCGUCAGAAGAUGAAGUGCCUCAGGAAGGCGUGAGGUGUAAGGAGAAUAAAUCAGCUCACAGACGAUCUUCUGGGAAGGACAACACUACUCAAAUGUCUUUGGGCAUAAAGAGCCGAAAAACAUUAGGAUCUGACAAAACCCAGGCCAGAGAUGAAGGAAACGCUGGAACAUUGGACUCAUUAUUAGGUGGACUUCAGCACGUGAGUUACACCCACUCGAAUCAGAAGGUAGUGGGCUCCAGCAGAGCAGAAGACCGCCUGAGCCGCGCUGCCGUACGAGAUGUGUUUGAACUCAACAAGCACUCGCAACUUCCUGCUAACCAGCUCCUGGAUUCAUCAGAGUCAUCUGAUCCCGUACUCGCAGAUCACGACGAUGGAGGUCAGACACCGCUAGCAUAUGGCAGACCUCACAUGGAGCAUCCGGUCACCCACACCAUCAAAACCUCUUACCGCCAGAACAAUGUCACUGUCAUAGUGGGCGAAACACCCAGUAGCAUGUGCAGGGCAUCCAAGAUGUAGGUGACUUUGUUUCUUCAGGAGAACAGUAGGUCUGAACGCGCUCUGACAACAGAAGUGAUGUCUCACACUCAUUGAAGUAUAAGCGCGAGACAUCACUUCCGUCAUCAGAACACGCGUUCAGACCUCACCAACCGGAUGCGCAAGGCAGUUGGACAUAGUGGUGUUUUAGAGGUGAAAAAUGAUAUACUGUCCGGUUUCUCGCACAAACUGAUCAUUUCGUGUCUUAGGACAUCAAUGUGUUGUCACGAGCCACAGGGUUUAAUUUGGAUUUGUCUGUGCAUGUUUUUUUGACUCUUAUAGAUGGAGUUCCCAUUGACAAGCAUUAUACGACUGACAGACUGGAACGGUUGGAGUUAAAAAUCAUCAUUUGUGUUCUACUGAAGAAACAAAGUCACCUACAUCUCGGAUGCCCUGG